UCUCCCAACAGCCGGUGAUCUGCCUUGCGAAAAACCGCAGUAACUCAAGAGCAAAUGGACGGCCAGCUCUCCGCUCCUACGCAGGCGACAAGCCUUUUCGACCAGACCGUCAUUCCUGGGGACAUCAUUGUAGAUCUCCCUAGCGUCGCAAACCUGAGGGUCGGUUCAGGACUACGCCAGGACUGCUUUGAGCUGUUGGCAAUGAAAGUGGGAACAUUGAGGUACAAGAAACCAAACAAAUACUGGCUGGAGAGCUCCCACAAGAGAUAUGAUCCCUCUGUAGAAGAUACUAUUCUUGGUAUUGUUGUGGGCCGAAAUUCAGAAAACUUUCUAGUGGAUAUAAAAAGUUCAUCCUUGGCCCUUUUACCUGUUGUUGCGUUUGAGGGGGGUACUAAAAAAAAUAUACCAAAACUUGAGAUUGGCUCACUGCUAUAUGUCCGUGUUGUGAAAGCUAACCAUGGCACGAAUCCAGAGUUAUCAUGUACUGAUGCUAGCGGGAAAGCUGCUCAGUUUGGUCCCUUGAAAGAAGGGUACAUGUUUGAUUCGUCAACUGGGUUGGCAAGAAUGUUAUUAAGCACUCCUACAUGCCCUGUUUUGCAAGCCUUUGACUUGCAGCGUUUCAAGAUAGUCAUUGGAUUGAAUGGUCGUAUUUGGGUAAAUGCUUCCACUCCUUCCAUGGUGGUUCUUAUAUCUAAUGCAAUAAUGGCAUCGGAGUUUCUCAGUGCUUCACAACAAGCAAAUAUGGUUAAGGAACUCACUGAUCAAUUACAAACCCGUUGCUCUAGUCCAAAUGCAGAGAACUGUUGGUUUUAUUACUGUGAACAGUAAAAGCGCAGUGGUGAACAGUACCUCUUGAAGAGGAAGACUUAUCUCAUACUCAUUCACUUUAAUGAAGGUUUGUGCCUGAUUUAUUAUUGACCUAAUUAGUUACAAAUCUAAUUUAUGAUCAUUCUAUUCAUUUAAGUUUUAGGCUUAAUUAAACCUAGCUAACAUUUAAGUUUGUCAAUUCCUGCUAAAAUUCAAACAAUCUUUACCUACUUUUGCUACGAAAUGUUUUAUUUACCCUUCUCACAAAUAGCUAGGCAAAAUAGUUAUGUGAUAUAAGAAAAUUCCGAGUUUGGACAAAGGGGGACAAUGAAGAGAAAAAAAAAAACAUUUUGUACCUAGUCAGUUGUUUUGCUACUAUUGGUUCGCAAGCAAACUAUAUUGCCUUUUUCAUAUAUAAAUUUGUUCAUUAGCUCAUUACAAAUAUUUGAUAUCUUGGACAAAUUUUGCCAUUAUAAGCUCAUAAUACUCUAAGAACUUACCCUGAGAG